AUGGAAGAAGAGAGAACAAGAAGGGAGGCAAGUGUUCUAAGGUACAGAGAGAAGCGCCAGUCUAGACUUUUCUCCAAGAAGAUAAGGUACCAAGUCCGCAAACUCAACGCAGAUAAAAGACCAAGACUCAAGGCCCAUCUUGUGGAAAAUGCCUAUCUCCAAGCCGAAGGGCCUUCAGCUGAUGAGGUGACGGUGGCUGAUCGUCGUUGGGAGAAGAGGGCGGCCGAGGCUGAGACCGUCAGGGAGGCCUACCUCCAAGUGACAGGGAAGAGGCAGAUCGAGGGCGCCCUCAACGUGAUGCAUCUGCCAAAUAGGCCAAGGGGGCCAAAUGAGUAUGCGGCCAUCCUUAUUCCUGGUGAUGAGGUAGAGGGGGAUGCCGAGCCGGUCAAUGUGGCGUGCCCUCGGAAGGUUGUGCCGUUCGUCAACUGUAUGAUUGACAGCGUACUUGGGGGAAGAGCGGGGCUUGCUCCACUUGCCAGGCCGAUGGUGGCGGUACCAUCGGUAGCGAGGGAGGAUGGUAGAUUCAUCUUUGCUCAAGAGAGAUAUGGGCCGAUCGAUGAUCGAAGCUUCCCACAGACGGCGCCAAUCUGUUUACUCUUAAAACUAAAUAGAUAG